AUGGCUGAGAAGUUAGAUAUUUCACAAACUUUACCCGAAUCACGUACCCCACGAACAAGACGAUUCUUUGAUUAUGAGUCUCAGCACGACGAACGACCUAGCGAUCCGAUGAAAAGGUUAGAAAUUGAAUUUUCCAACAAAUUAAGCGAUAUAGCGAUAUCAAGCCUACGCGAACGUUUCGAAAUGACCCAAAACGUUUGUGAACCAUUUAGUAUCAUCCGAAACUCGGAUAACUUUAUGAGAUUGGACAGAACCCAAAUUUUGACUAAGUCCAACGCUUUAGAAAAUUAUCUGACUGGUGAAGACGAGAACAGUGACAUUGAUGGUCGGGAGCUUGCCGAAGAACUGGAAUCUUUAAAAGCUUACUUCGUAGCCGCUGGAAUGACCGACUUGAGUGCACUCGUUAUGAUAUCGCACAUUAUUGAUAAAGGUCUGGAUGAGAUAUAUCCAAAUUUCACUGUGACCUUAAGAAUUUUCUUAACAUUACCAGUAACCUCCGCGUCGGGUGAAAGGACCUUCUCAAAACUAAAGCUCAUCAAAACUUAUCUGCGAUCCACUAUGUGCCAAGAUCGACUGAAUGGUUUAGCUGUGAUGUCAAUUGAGCAUGGAAUUUGCAACGAGUUGAAUUUCAGCGAUAUUAUAGCAUCUUUUGCGAACAAAAAAUCUCGAAAAGUCCCACUUUAA